AUUUGUUACAUCUACCCCAGAAUUGGUCCAAAAUGGUUAGUUCAACACAAAAUAAAAGAAUGAACAAUUCACACAUGGAAUACAAAAUGACUCCGAUGAGAGAUGUUUAUUAUGAAGAAGAAAAGAAAAUAUGCUGUGGGAAACUUACUUACAAGAACGCUUGUAUAUUGAUUGGAGUCCUUGAGGUUGCAUAUUGGGUUUAUUAUGGAGUUCUACUUGUUUUCGCAAUUGUGCAUCACCAGAAAGCUUGGAGUGUUGUUUUCACCGGAGUCAAUUUGAUAAUGCUCACUGCUCAAGUCGUCAUUUUAUGGGUAGGAGUUGUCAAGGAGGCUCACAAAUUUCUUCAAACUCAUCUCGUUUUCUUGUCUCUAUCCUUCAUUUGGGACGUUGUACUUGCCAUCGGAUUCAUCUGCUUAUCAGUUCUUCCUUACGCAUAUACAAAUGAUAUAUUCCAAUAUAAAGGAGCAGAAUGGAAUGCGAGAUUAUUUGCAAUUAUUAUGGGAUCCCUUCUACUUCUCUGGUUCAUUGCUCGUUUCUUUGGUACUAUCAUCAUUUAUAGAUAUUGGAAAUUGUUGAGAGCUUUGGAUGGGUACGGAAAUGAUAAUGAUUAAUGAAAAUGAUUUUUUAAUUUUUAUCAAAUUUUUUAUAUUGGUUAUAUUUACGGGUUCAAAUGUUUUUCUCUUCGAAUAAAUUUUGAAAUUGAUGA